AUGUCAGACCGUGAGUUCGGAGGAGGAGCCGACGACCUCUCGCUCCCGAAAGCUACCGUACAAAAAAUAAUUUCCGAAAUCCUUCCGAACGAUCUUGCUUUCGCCAAAGAGACGCGCGAUUUACUCAUAGACUGCUGCGUUGAGUUCAUUACCCUAGUUUCCUCCGAGGCCAAUGACAUCGCCGAACGCGAAGCUAAGAAGACCAUCGCUGCCGAGCAUGUUGUCAAAGCGUUGAAGGACCUGGGGUUCGAGGAGUAUAUCGAGCAGAUCCAAGAGGUUGCCCAGGAACACAAGGAACAUCAGAGGUCACGCGAAAAGAAGCAGACCAAGCUGGAGCAAUCGGGACUCUCUCAGGAGGAGCUACUGAGACAACAGGAAGAGUUGUUCGGUAAUGCUAGAGCGAAAUUCAACCAGCAGGGCUCAGUCCCGGAAUAGAAUAAAACAAAUGUGGGGGUUUGGCGGGUUCGAUUGCUAGGGAAGCACAAAAUAAAUUCCAGAAUGUUCUUUUGCUUUACGAUAUCGCGAGAACUACUUGGAUCAAUAUCAUGAUUGCGGUCACACCCCUCCCCUUUUCUUCUCGGGGUUCACGUAAAAAUCGCCUGGCGUAUUUUCAGUUUGAUUUUGCUGUUUUUUCUUCCCUUUUAUUUGGGGUUUGGCUUAUUCUACGGCACGGUUGUUAGGUUUGGCACACUUUUAGGGAUGGUGGCGGCUUGUACUCAUAUCUUAUGUGUUUAUUUUUCCCGUAGA